AUGAAGUCGUCUCUCCUAUUUUGUUUCAUCGGACUAAGUGCUGCCUUCCAUCUUGUUCCACCUCGGCCGACAAAAAAGUUCGAGCUCAAUCUAACUUGGGGCACCAAGGCGCCCGAUGGAAUUGAGCGCCAACAGGCCUUAAUUAAUGGCCAAUUCCCUGGGCCUGCUCUCAUCUUUGACGAGGGCGACAAUGUAGAGGUGACAGUUAACAAUUUCCUGCCAUUUAACACCACGAUGCAUUGGCAUGGCAUUGAACAACAAGGAACAUCAUGGUCAGAUGGUGUGCCUGGAGUCUCGCAAAGACUUAUUGCCCCUGGCGGAAGAUUUGUUUCUAAAUUCACUGCUUCACAAUAUGGAACAUACUGGUAUCAUUCGCAUUGCGCGGGACAAAUAAUGGAUGGCUUGUAUGGACCGAUCUAUAUCAGGCCGCGAGAUAUUGCCGCCAAUCUGGCUAGUAUGAUAUCAAAUGACACAAAGGCACAUUCUCAAAUCAACAAUGCCAUUCGAGACCCCAAAUUGCUGAUGAUUUCCGAUUGGUUUCAUAAUACAUCAGAAGAGCUCCGGAACAUUGCGGUUUCUGCAAACCUUGAUACAUUAUGUGCAGAUUCUAUCUUGAUCAAUGGCAAAGGCCGAGUGCGCUGCGUCGAUCCUGCGUAUUUGACCAGUCUGACUCCUGCCCCAUUGCUCCCCCUGCUCCAGGGCAUGAACUACACAGCAAAAGGAUGUAUUCCAGUUCGAAAUACCUUUGCUCAAACAACAUUUGCUCAGCAUAACUACACUGCAAUCCCACCAUCCCUGUUUGACCAAUGCAAUUCCACAGAGUCAAUGGAGGAAGUGAUCAAAGUUGACCAUCAGAAGGGCUGGGUAAGCCUCAAUCUCAUCGGUUCAGCAUCGGUCUCUGUCCCAACAGUCUCUAUCAAUAAUCAUUCUCUUUGGGUAUACGAAGUUGAUGGUCGAUACAUUGUACCCACCAAAGUUGAUGCAUUGUCAAUUAAUAACGGUGCUCGCUAUUCCGUUCUGGUUGAAUUGAAUAAAACGCCUGGUAACUACCUGAUCACAGCAGCCAAUGCCGGACUCAACCAAAAGUUUGCCGGGUACGGUACUUUCUCCUACAUCAACGGUGACUCCUCCGUCGUGGGCAAGCCUUCAAUCAACUACGGUGGAAACAGUAUCGGUACAGAUGUUGUUGUCUUGGACGAAAGUAAAAUCAAGCCACUUAUCCCAAGUCGACCCAGUGCACAGGCGGACCAAACAUACCUGCUCACCAUUGGCCGUAUUGAAAAAGCCUGGAAAUGGUCUCUUCAUGGGAACCAUUCGUACGGUCUAUCUCUUGAGUCAGAGAAGCCGAUGUUAUGGGAUCCCCAGUCAUACGCAGAUAGUGACUUGGUUAUCGCUACGAAAAACGAUACCUGGGUGGAUAUUGUAUUUGCCGUAUCUGGCAAAGCGUCGACUAUCCAACCUGGUCAUCCGAUUCACAAGCAUUCAAACAUGGUUUAUCUUCUCGGUGCCGGUUCAGGCGAGUUCAAUUGGACUUCUGUUGCAGAGGCUCAACAGGAAAUCCCAGAGAUGUUUAACCUGGUCGACCCUCCAAUGAGAGAUACAUUCACAUCGCUUCCUGCCUUGCAAAGCCCAAGCUGGAUGGCAGUUCGCUAUCAUGUGCAAAAUCCCGGUGCCUUCUUCCUCCACUGCCAUAUCGAUCCUCACCUCACCGGAGGAAUGGCACUCGCAAUAUUGGACGGCAUAGAUACGUGGCCUAGCAUUCCUACACAGUAUGGCCCGAAGGGUCAUUGGGGGAAGGCCAACCAAAUAGGAAACAUCAUUGAUGAUCGUGAUGGAUACAAAGGGUAA